UGAAUUCGUAGAAGCAGCUGAAGGAGGUUUGAUAAAAUUCAGACCCCUGUCACCAGAAUCAGUAACUUCAGAAGAUGGUUAUACCUUCCUUGAGCUCUUGUUUACAGAGUCUAGACCAUCUUCACCUGAAUCUAUAACAUCGUUAAAUGAGUACAGGUCUCUUUCUCCUGACUCUCCUAUUGCUGAUUUCAGAUCACAUUGUUGUGAUUAUUAUUUGCUAUUCACAGAAGAUAGAUCUUCGUCACCACAAUCAGUCACCCCAGACGUUGAAUUCUCUGGAUUUAGCCUUGAGGAAUUGAUUGCUGAGGACAGAGCAGAUUCUCCUGAAUCAAUAUAUUCAGACGGGGAAUUUCUGGAUCAAUUGGAAGCAGAACUUGUUCAAGUUUUGCAUGAAUCAGCUUCUCCAUUUUCUGAUUCUCUCCCUCACUCUAUUCAAUCUGAAACAUAUAUCAACAAAUUCAUCUCACCUGCCUUAGUCCAGUUUGAAUCUGAGCACAGAGAAAGAAAAACAGACAUAUUGUCUACCACAACAAUGGCAACACAAGACUCUGUUGAGGCUAAAACCGCGUUACCAGUUGCAGCUAAAACAGCAUUCAUACAGCUUGACUUAAGUGAUGAGAAAUGUUUGUCGUUGUUACCAGCUGCUGUAAUGAUGCCAGUUAAGCAGGAGCCAGGUAAUUAUCUUGAUGAGGUAGAUGAAGACAAUUUGAAACACCAAGAUAAAUCUGAAGUCAAACCUUUAUCUCCUGAGUCAGUCUUGUCAGAAAGUGGUUCACAAUUCAGACCUGGACAUUGUGAUUAUUAUUUGUUGUACGAUGGGAGUAUUUCUCCGAUACCUGAAUCUGUAACAACAUUUGAAGAUCAUACACCUCUUUCUCCUGACUCACCUAAUACACAAUUCAGACCUGGACAUUGUGAUUAUUAUUUGUUGUACGAUGUGUGUAGGUCUACAUCACCUUUGUCUGUAACUUCAGACCUUGAAUAUUGUGGUUUGCACAGACUAGAUUUCCCUUCAGAUAGUGAAUUUACAGUGACAGAUCAAAGUAGCCUAUCUGAGUAUAGACCACUCUCACCAGAAUCAAUAACUUCAGACGGGGACUUUAACUUACUUGAGCUCUUGUUUUCAGAGUCUAGAUCAUCCUCUGCACAGUCUGUUGCAUCAUUUGAUGAGUACAGGCUCCUCUCUCCUGACUCUCCAGUUCCUCACUUCAUGCCUCAAUGUUGCGAUUGUUAUUUGUCUUUCACUGGAAGUAGAUGUUCAUCACCAGAAUCAGUAGCUUCAAAUAUUGAAUUCUCUGAGUUCUGUCUUGAGGAACUGUUUGCUGAAGACAGAGCAGAUUCACCUGAAUCAUUUAUAUCAGAGAGUGAAUUUGUUGAGUCAGUUGAAAGAGGUCUAAUGAAACUCAGACCCUUGUCACCAGAAUCAGUAACUUCAGAAGGUGAUUAUACCUCCGUUGAGUUCUUGGUUGAUGAGUCUAGACCAUCUUCACCUGAAUCUAUAACAUCGUUAAAUGAGUACAGGUCUCUUUCUCCUGACUCUCCUAUUGCUGAUUUCAGAUCACAUUGUUGUGAUUAUUAUUUGCUAUUCACAGAAGAUAGAUCUUCGUCACCACAAUCAGUCACCUCAGACGUUGAAUUCUCUGGAUUUAGCCUUGAGGAAUUGAUUGCUGAGGACAGAGCAGAUUCUCCUGAAUCAAUAUAUUCAGACGGGGAAUUUCUGGAUCAAUUGGAAGCAGAACUUGUUCAAGUUUUGCAUGAAUCAGCUUCUCCAUUUUCUGAUUCUCUCCCUCACUCUAUUCAAUCUGAAACAUAUAUCAACAAAUUCAUCUCACCUGCCUUAGUCCAGUUUGAAUCUGAGCACAGAGAAAGAAAAACAGACAUAUUGUCUACCACAACAAUGGCAACACAAGACUCUGUUGAGGCUAAAACCGCGUUACCAGUUGCAGCUAAAACAGCAUUCAUACAGCUUGACUUAAGUGAUGAGAAAUGUUUGUCGUUGUUACCAGCUGCUGUAAUGAUGCCAGUUAAGCAGGAGCCAGGUAAUUAUCUUGAUGAGGUAGAUGAAGACAAUUUGAAACACCAAGAUAAAUCUGAAGUCAAACCUUUAUCUCCUGAGUCAGUCUUGUCAGAAAGUGGUUCACAAUUCAGACCUGGACAUUGUGAUUAUUAUUUGUUGUACGAUGGGAGUAUUUCUCCGAUACCUGAAUCUGUAACAACAUUUGAAGAUCAUACACCUCUUUCUCCUGACUCACCUAAUACACAAUUCAGACCUGGACAUUGUGAUUAUUAUUUGUUGUACGAUGUGUGUAGGUCUACAUCACCUUUGUCUGUAACUUCAGACCUUGAAUAUUGUGGUUUGCACAGACUAGAUUUCCCUUCAGAUAGUGAAUUUACAGUGACAGAUCAAAGUAGCCUAUCUGAGUAUAGACCACUCUCACCAGAAUCAAUAACUUCAGACGGGGACUUUAACUUACUUGAGCUCUUGUUUUCAGAGUCUAGAUCAUCCUCUGCACAGUCUGUUGCAUCAUUUGAUGAGUACAGGCUCCUCUCUCCUGACUCUCCAGUUCCUCACUUCAUGCCUCAAUGUUGCGAUUGUUAUUUGUCUUUCACUGGAAGUAGAUGUUCAUCACCAGAAUCAGUAGCUUCAAAUAUUGAAUUCUCUGAGUUCUGUCUUGAGGAACUGUUUGCUGAAGACAGAGCAGAUUCACCUGAAUCAUUUAUAUCAGAGAGUGAAUUUGUUGAGUCAGUUGAAAGAGGUCUAAUGAAACUCAGACCCUUGUCACCAGAAUCAGUAACUUCAGAAGGUGAUUAUACCUCCGUUGAGUUCUUGGUUGAUGAGUCUAGACCAUCUUCACCUGAUUCUAUCACUUCAAAUGAUGAAUAUCGAGCUCUAUCUCCUGAUUCCCCAAUCCCACAAUUUAGACCCACAGUAAUUGAGUCGUCAGUGUCGUCAUUCUUUAGCAGAUCUUCGUCACCUAUUUCAGUAACUUCAGACACUGAAGGAUCUGGCUUCUAUCUUGAGGAUUUUGUCAAUGAAGAGAGGCCAUAUUCUCCAGAAUCUUUUGUGUCAGAGAGUGAAUUCGUAGAAGCAGCUGAAGGAGGUUUGAUAAAAUUCAGACCCCUGUCACCAGAAUCAGUAACUUCAGAAGAUGGUUAUACCUUCCUUGAGCUCUUGUUUGCAGAGUCUAGACCAUCUUCACCUGAAUCUAUAACAUCGUUAAAUGAGUACAGGUCUCUUUCUCCUGACUCUCCUAUUGCUGAUUUCAGAUCACAUUGUUGUGAUUAUUAUUUGCUAUUCACAGAAGAUAGAUCUUCGUCACCACAAUCAGUCACCUCAGACGUUGAAUUCUCUGGAUUUAGCCUUGAGGAAUUGAUUGCUGAGGACAGAGCAGAUUCUCCUGAAUCAAUAUAUUCAGACGGGGAAUUUCUGGAUCAAUUGGAAGCAGAACUUGUUCAAGUUUUGCAUGAAUCAGCAUCUCCAUUUUCUGAUUCUCUCCCUCACUCUAUUCAAUCUGAAACAUAUAUCAACAAAUUCAUCUCACCUGCCUUAGUCCAGUUUGAAUCUGAGCACAGAGAAAGAAAAACAGACAUAUUGUCUACCACAACAAUGGCAACACAAGACUCUGUUGAGGCUAAAACCGCAUUACCAGUUGCAGCUAAAACAGCAUUCAUACAGCUUGACUUAAGUGAUGAGAAAUGUUUGUCGUUGUUACCAGCUGCUGUAAUGAUGCCAGUUAAGCAGGAGCCAGGUAAUUAUCUUGAUGAGGUAGAUGAAGACAAUUUAAAACACCAAGAUAAAUCUGAAGUCAAACCUUUAUCUCCUGAGUCAGUCUUGUCAGAAAGUGGUUCACAAUUCAGACCUGGACAUUGUGAUUAUUAUUUGUUGUACGAUGGGAGUAUUUCUCCGAUACCUGAAUCUGUAACAACAUUUGAAGAUCAUACACCUCUUUCUCCUGACUCACCUAAUACACAAUUCAGACCUGGACAUUGUGAUUAUUAUUUGUUGUACGAUGUGUGUAGGUCUACAUCACCUUUGUCUGUAACUUCAGACCUUGAAUAUUGUGGUUUGCACAGACUAGAUUUCCCUUCAGAUAGUGAAUUUACAGUGACAGAUCAAAGUAGCCUAUCUGAGUAUAGACCACUCUCACCAGAAUCAAUAACUUCAGACGGGGACUUUAACUUCCUUGAGCUCUUGUUUUCAGAGUUUAGAUCAUCCUCUGCACAGUCUGUUGCAUCAUUUGAUGAGUACAGGCUCCUCUCUCCUGACUCUCCAGUUCCUCACUUCAUGCCUCAAUGUUGCGAUUGUUAUUUGUCUUUCACUGGAAGUAGAUGUUCAUCACCAGAAUCAGUAGCUUCAAAUAUUGAAUUCUCUGAGUUCUGUCUUGAGGAACUGUUUGCUGAAGACAGAGCAGAUUCACCUGAAUCAUUUAUAUCAGAGAGUGAAUUUGUUGAGUCAGUUGAAAGAGGUCUAAUGAAACUCAGACCCUUGUCACCAGAAUCAGUAACUUCAGAAGGUGAUUAUACCUCCGUUCAGUUCUUGGUUGAUGAGUCUAGACCAUCUUCACCUGAUUCUGUCACUUCAAAUUAUGAAUAUCGAGCUCUAUCUCCUGAUUCCCCAAUCCCACAAUUUAGACCCACAGUAAUUGAGUCGUCAGUGUCGUCAUUCUUUAGCAGAUCUUCGUCACCUAUUUCAGUAACUUCAGACACUGAAGGAUCUGGCUUCUAUCUUGAGGAAUUUUUCAAUGAAGAGAGAACAUAUUCUCCAGAAUCGUUUGUGUUAGAGGGUGAAUUCCUAGAAGCAGCUGAAGGAGAUUUGAUCAAAUUCAGACCCUUGUCACCAGAAUCAGUAACUUCAGAAGAUGGUUAUACCUUCCUUGAGCUCUUGUUUACAGAGUCUAGACCAUCUUCACCUGAAUCUAUAACAUCGUUAAAUGAGUACAGGUCUCUUUCCCCUGACUCUCCUAUUGCUGAUUUCAGAUCACAUUGUUGUGAUUAUUAUUUGCUAUUCACAGAAGAUAGAUCUUCGUCACCACAAUCAGUCACCUCAGACGUUGAAUUCUCUGGAUUUAGCCUUGAGGAAUUGAUUGCUGAGGACAGAGCAGAUUCUCCUGAAUCAAUAUAUUCAGAGGGGGAAUUUCUGGAUCAAUUGGAAGCAGAACUUGUUCAAGUUUUGCAUGAAUCAGCUUCUCCAUUUUCUGAUUCUCUCCCUCACUCUAUUCAAUCUGAAACAUAUAUCAACAAAUUCAUCUCACCUGCCUUAGUCCAGUUUGAAUCUGAGCACAGAGAAAGAAAAACAGACAUAUUGUCUACCACAACAAUGGCAACACAAGACUCUGUUGAGGCUAAAACCGCGUUACCAGUUGCAGCUAAAACAGCAUUUAUACAGCUUGACUUAAGUGAUGAGAAAUGUUUGUCGUUGUUACCAGCUGCUGUAAUGAUGCCAGUUAAGCAGGAGCCAGGUAAUUAUCUUGAUGAGGUAGAUGAAGACAAUUUGAAACACCAAGAUAAAUCUGAAGUCAAACCUUUAUCUCCUGAGUCAGUCUUGUCAGAAAGUGGUUCACAAUUCAGACCUGGACAUUGUGAUUAUUAUUUGUUGUACGAUGGGAGUAUUUCUCCGAUACCUGAAUCUGUAACAACAUUUGAAGAUCAUACACCUCUUUCUCCUGACUCACCUAAUACACAAUUCAGACCUGGACAUUGUGAUUAUUAUUUGUUGUACGAUGUGUGUCGGUCUACAUCACCUUUGUCUGUACCUUCAUAUCUUGAAUAUUGUGGUUUGCACAGACUAGAUUUCCCUUCAGAUAGUGAAUUUACAGUGACAGAUCAAAGUAGCCUAUCUGAGUAUAGACCACUCUCACCAGAAUCAAUAACUUCAGACGGGGACUUUAACUUCCUUGAGCUCUUGUUUUCAGAGUUUAGAUCAUCCUCUGCACAGUCUGUUGCAUCAUUUGAUGAGUACAGGCUCCUCUCUCCUGACUCUCCAGUUCCUCACUUCAUGCCUCAAUGUUGCGAUUGUUAUUUGUCUUUCACUGGAAGUAGAUGUUCAUCACCAGAAUCAGUAGCUUCAAAUAUUGAAUUCUCUGAGUUCUGUCUUGAGGAACUGUUUGCUGAAGACAGAGCAGAUUCACCUGAAUCAUUUAUAUCAGAGAGUGAAUUUGUUGAGUCAGUUGAAAGAGGUCUAAUGAAACUCAGACCCUUGUCACCAGAAUCAGUAACUUCAGAAGGUGAUUAUACCUCCGUUGAGUUCUUGGUUGAUGAGUCUAGACCAUCUUCACCUGAUUCUAUCACUUCAAAUGAUGAAUAUCGAGCUCUAUCUCCUGAUUCCCCAAUCCCACAAUUUAGACCCACAGUAAUUGAGUCGUCAGUGUCGUCAUUCUUUAGCAGAUCUUCGUCACCUAUUUCAGUAACUUCAGACACUGAAGGAUCUGGCUUCUAUCUUGAGGAAUUUUUCAAUGAAGAGAGACCAUAUUCUCCAGAAUCGUUUGUGUUAGAGGGUGAAUUCCUAGAAGCAGCUGAAGGAGAUUUGAUCAAAUUCAGACCCCUGUCACCAGAAUCAAUAACUUCAGGAGAUGGUUAUACCUUCCUUGAGUUCUUGUUUACAGAGUCUAGACCAUCUCCACCUGAAUCUAUAACAUCGUCAAAUGAGUACAGGCCUCUCUCUCCAGACUCUCCUAUUCCUGAUUUCAGAUCACAUUGUUGUGAUUGUUAUUUGUCUUUCACUGGAAGUAGGUGUUCAUCACCAGAAUCAGUCACCUCAGACAUUCAAUUCUCAGGACUUUACCCUAAGGAAUUAUUUACUGAGGACAGACCAGAUUCACCUAUUUCCAUCUGUUCAGGGGGCGGUGAUGAUGAUGAGGAUGAUGUUAGUUUUCCUAAAACAUCACAGUGGGAUGAUGAUGCAGGUUCUUUAGAAAAGAUCCCAACUGUCCAUUGGGCCUUCAUACCUCAGUUCAUGGUUUCUAAAGCUGUACAAACAGGCUUAUCACUAGACUCGGAUGAAUCUUCAUCCCAACCAGUUCAUGGACUCUCUAAGGUGCGGCCUUUGUCUCCAGAAUAUAGACUAGUUUACAGGGCAGUUCCCAUCAAACUAAUGUCCCAUGCGUAUGACCCAGCGAACGAAGGUGAAACCUACGAUAGUAAGACUGGUGUUUUCGAACAUUCGGGACAAAGAUACAAGGUUAUACAGGUUCUUGACUGUCAGAGGGAACAUUGCGUGGAUUUCGGGCCUGUUCCAUUUCAUGAAUCCAACCUUGGCAUGCCUCGUGUCUUUGAAACCACAGCAGUUGAGUUGACAAAACAAGAUAUCUCCUCACUACAACACUCUGACAUCACUGACCAGACAGUCACAGAUACUUUGCAUAAACCUCAUUUGCUAAUAUCCCAGCCAGUAGAGACAGAAAUCAUAACCCCUUCCCCCGUCUUAGCUGAAUGGGAGUUCACCCAGUUGUCGUCCCUUCCUGAGUACAGACCUCUUUCUCCUGAGUCACUCGGUUUAGACAUGGAUGGAAUCAUUUUCUAUCUUGACCACUUAUUUACUGACAUGAGGCCAUCUUCACCUGAAUCUGUUGCGUCAGUGAAUGAAUACAGGCCUCUCUCACCUGACUCUCCAGUUCCCCACUAUGGAUCUAGAAUCCCAGAUGUUUUCAUGACUGCAGAGCGUAGAUCUUCCCUCUGUUCUGUUACGUCAGCCAUUGAAUUGUUUGGAUUUUGUCUUGAGGAAUCGUUUGCUGAGGACAGAGCCGAUUCACCUGAAUCAGUAACAUCAGAUAUUGAAUUCUCUGUGUUCUGUCUUGAGGAAUCAUUUGCGGAGGACAGAGCAGAUUCACCUGAAUCAGUAACAUCAGAUAUUGGAUUCCCUGAGUUCUGUCUUGAUGAAUCGUUUGCUGAGGACAGAGCAGAUUCACCUGAAUCAUUUAUAUCAGAAGGUGACUAUGAACAUGUAGACGAGACACUCACUAAAUCCAGUCCUCUGCCACCUGAAGAUGAGUACGCUCAUUCUUUCGUUCAGUACUGGCUUUCAGAGUUACAGCCGUCCUCUGCAGAACCCAUGACAUCACUAGAUGAGUUAGAUGCUGCAGAAACAAGCACAUUUACAGAAAUGAAGGAUUCUGAAUCUCAGCCUGUUUAUGAAUUCUCUGAAGGAAAUACAUUGUCUCUAGAAUAUAGACUGGUUCAUAAGGCAGUUCCCUCCACUCUAAUGGCCCAUACAUUUGACCCGGCAUACCAAGGUGAAACUUACUUGAACAAAUCAGGUGUUUUUGAAUAUGCAAAAGACAGACAGGCUAGAGAGAUAAUGGAGCGUCUGCAGGACAAAGAUACUGUCCUGGACAGGCCGGUCACACCAGAGUCAAUUACAUCAGAAGAGAUUCAGUCUUUUUUGAAUGAUUGGUCUACUGAGUUAAGGCCAAACUCACCAGCCUCUGUUGCAUCACUUGAUGAGCAUAGGCCUCUCUCUCCAGACUCUCCUAUUCCCCAGUUCAUACAUCAAUGUUGUGAUAAUUAUGUGGAACUCCCUGGUGAUAGGUCUUCGUCACCUCAGUCGGUAAUGUCAGACGUUGAAUACUGUGCUUUAUUUCUCGGUGAACUGAUUCCUGAACACAGACCGGAUUCUCCUGAUUCCUUUUUGGCUGAUAGUGAAUUCAGAGAGUCAAUUGAACAGUUUUUUAGAAUAUUCAGAACCUUGACACCAGAAUCAGUAACUUCAGAAGGUGGUUAUACAUUCCUUGAGCUCUUGUUUGUAGAGUCUAGACCAUCUUCACCUGAAUCUGUAACAUCAGUUGAUGAGUACAGGCCUCUCUCUCCUGACUCUCCAGUUCCCCAGUUCUUACAUCAAUAUUGUGAUUAUUAUGGGUUAUUCCCUGCUGAUAGGUCUUCAUCACCUGAAUCAGUAACAUCAGAAAUUGAAUUCUCUGAGUUCUGUCUUGAUGAAUCGUUUGCUGAGGACAGAGCAGAUUCACCUGAAUCAUUUAUAUCAGAAGGUGAAUAUGAACAUGUAGACGAGACACUCACUAAAUCCAGUCUUCUGCCACCUGAAGAUGAGUACGCUCAUUCUUUCGUUCAGUACUGGCUUUCAGAGUUACAGCUGUCCUCUGCAGAUCCCAUGAUAUCACUAGAUGAGUUAGAUGCUGCAGAAACAAGCCCAUCUACAGAAAUUGAGGAUUCUGAAUCCCACCCUAUUUAUGAAUUCUCUGAAGGAAAAACAUCAACUCCAGAAUAUAGACUAGUUUAUAAGGCAGUUCCCUCCACGCUAAUGGCCCAUACAUUUGACCCAGCGUACCAAGGUGACACUUAUUUGAGUAAGACAGGUGUUUUUGAAUAUGCAGGAGACAGAAAGGUUAGAAAAGCCCUGGAUCGACCGCAUCGAUCUGGUGAGGACUUGAGGCCAGUUAGUGUUGAAGAACCAGCCUCCCCUUGUCAAUCUGCUACUCCAGCAGAGGAGGAGACGGUACAAGAGGGGUCCUUGCUAACAGUACCUCAUGUCACUGACCAGACAGUCACAGAAACUUUGCACGAACCUCAUUUGCCAAUAUCCCAGCCAGUAGAGACAGAAAUCAGAACCUCUUCCCCCGUCCUAGCUGAACGGGAGUUCACCCAGUCAUCGUCCCUUCCUGAGUACAAAACUCUUUCGGCUGAGUCACUCGGUUCAGACAGGGAUGGAGUCCUUUUAUAUCUUAACCACUUCUUUACUGACAUGAGGCCAUCUUCACCGGAGUCUGUUGUGUCAUUUGAUGAGUACAGGCCCCUCUCUCCUGACUCUCCAGUUCCUCACUUCAUGCCUCAAUGUUGCCAUUGUUAUUUGGCUCCCACUGGUGAUCGAUCUUCGUCACCUCAAUCAGAAACUUCAGAUAUUGAAUUCUCUGAGGUAUGUCUUGAGGAACUGUUUACUGAAGACAGAGCAGAUUCACCUGAAUCAUAUAUAUCGGAAGAUGGAAUGAGAUUAGUAGAUGAGUCAGACAAAGAUAUGAGCCAAGACAGACCAAUGACACCAGAUUCAACAUCGGGAGAGAGCCUGUCAUUUGUAGAAGACUGGUUUUCAGAGUUAGCUUUAAAACCGUCCUCCCCUGAAUCCGUUUCAUCACAAGAGGACCUCUCUCCUGACUCACCUGUCCUCCAAUAUGGACCUGGUCUGUCUGUUGUUGCCGUGUCAACAGGAGAGAAGUGUUGGACACCUGAAUCUGUGAUAUCAGACUGGGAUGAGUUUGGUCUGGAGGACUUGUUCUGUGCGACCAGAGCCUGUUCUCCUGACUCCAUCUGUUCCAAUACAGAUACUGUUUUAACUCAGGGUGACGGUCAACGUUCUCCUCCAACAGACCAGGUUUCCACUGAACAUGAACCUGAAAUGAGAGUUGAAAGAGCACGCUUAAAACAACCCCCGGAAUUAAUAGAUGCCCCUUUUAGUUUAGUUUUCCCAGUUGUUUGCCAAACCCACCGAGCAGUGGAAGCGUUUUUUUGUAGGGCCUCCUCCCCAGACAGCCACAGAGCACCCGUAGAGGAUGUAGAUUUAGAUGAUGUAGAGACUCACAGACCUCACCAAGCAUCCUCUCAGUCGAGUCACGUGCCAUCUGACGAACACAAUCUGGGAUCUCCUGUUGCUGCUGUCAGGGCGGAGGAGGCAGUUCACAACAGACCUCAAGCAAGUCGUAAGUCAAUCCAAAGAAAAGAACACAGUAAUGUCCCUACGUUGAAAGGAAGUGAAGCGCAAACCAAGAUUGACGAGACAAGCAAGCACCUGAAAGCCGAUGAGAAAAGCGGAAGACAGACGAGUUUCUGCGCCGUCGGUUUCAGCAGGAUCCUCCAUGGAGAAUCUAUCAGAACCCAAACACGUAUUAGCUUUGGACCAGCCAUCUACUAAUAGACCUAUCUCAAACAAAACACUCAUGUCUGAAACCCAAUCUGUAACUCC